AUGGCAUCUUUUACAGAGAACUUGCGAACAAAACAACAGUCCACGUUGAACGCCGUGCAUUGCGUCCCUUACAAGUUAGAAGUGAUUGCUUUGACUAGAAUCAUCAUUAAACUGGGUGUCUCAGUUUUCCCAUAUUCUGGCAAAAAUCAACCUCCAAAAUUUGGAGAUUAUGAAGCUCAAAGACAUUGGAUGGAAAUUACGGUUAACUUACCCAUACAGGAUUGGUAUAGAAAUACAACAGACACUAAUUUAUUGUACUGGGGACCGGAUUACCCUCCUCUCACAGCAUAUCAAAGCUACCUAACUGGAUUGGUGGCUAAGAAAAUCAACCAAGACUAUGUUAAACUCCAUGUGUCCCGGGGAUUUGAAAACUUUGACCACCAACAUUUCAUGAGGAUGUCCGUCCUUGUGUCUGAUUGUCUUUUCUUUGUCAGUGCACUUUAUUUUUACAUUAGAAGCUUGAAGAUGAGUAAUAAGUACAAAUGGGUUUUCUUUGCUUUGUACUCACACCCUGGACUUACCCUUAUAGAUUAUGGUCAUUUUCAGUACAAUUGUGUUUCGUUGGGGUUGACCUUGUGGGCAAUCAUUUUUGUUUCUCAGGGAAAGAAUGUGUUAGCAGCAAUUGCCUUUUCAGCUGCCUUAAACUUUAAGCAGAUGGAGUUGUAUCAUGCAAUACCUAUCUUCUUCUAUUUGCUGGCUUCCUGUCAACCUAAAGGUUCCUCACUUCCCUCCCAACUAAAGAAUUUGGUCCAGAUUGGCGCUGCCACAGUGGCGACCUUUGCAAUCAUUUGCGUGGAAUCUUUGAAGACUAUGUCGCCAAUUUUUGGUGCACACUAAAUGUUGUGAUCAAAAUCAAAAGACUAUUAAACCCAACCUCAAUCGCCUCGGGAACUAUCACCUAGGUCAUGCCCGUGCCUGAAAGAAAAAG